UCCCUACGCGCAAUACUUUACCGUACGGGCUGCCGCUGUUGUCAGCGUUGGAACAUACGAGUUUUGCUGAAUGUCAGUUGAACGUCUGCUGUGUUUUUCACGAUCGAAGACGUCAGAAUAACAACGGCGACAUCAUCUACAACUUUAACGGAUCGCGUCCAGGUGCUGGCGACCACCGGAAUGCCGUGUUGAUCCAAGCGCCGCCGCCGCCGCCUUUUCUUAUUCACGUCAAUAUUGUGCGAUAAAUCUGAGACGCAAAACAUUCGCGGUAAUCGUGUUUACGCGUUUGUAAAGUGAAACUACAUAGUCGAUAUGGAGGCCGUCAAAGCGUUCACAUUCGAGCUCUAUUCCAUUAUGGAAAUGAAGCCACCUAUAUCAAAAGCUAAGAUGACUGCGAUCACUCGUAACGCUAUUAAAGCUAUCAAACUGUAUAAACAUGUCGUCCAGUGUGUUGAGAAAUUCAUACAGAAGUGCAAACCUGAGUACAAGAUUCCUGGUUUAUAUGUGAUUGAUUCAAUAGUCAGGCAAUCUCGACAUCAGUUUGGAAACGACAAAGAUGUAUUUGCUCCUAGAUUUGCUCGUAAUCUUAGGACAACUUUUACUCAUUUAUUUGCUUGUCCUGAAGAAGAUAAAAGUAAAGUUAUACGAGUAUUAAAUUUGUGGCAAAAGAAUGCUGUUUUCACCACUGACAUUAUUCAACCCAUAUUUGAUUUGGCUGCCAAUCCUGAUUAUAGUGAACAUACACAAAUAAACCCUUUAUCCACAAUUGAUAACAGUCCAAAACUAAGUGUCAAAACAGAUCUUUUCAAAAGUCAAGAAAAUACUCCAGUUAAAGAAGAUAUGUCUAAAAACUUUGAUGCUUUGCAGUCACAAAGCAUAGAUAAUGAUAAUAAGCCUAUAGAUCCAGCUAUCCUUGAACAUAUACAAGCUAUUCAGUCAUUGCUAAAAAAGCAACCAGGUCAAUUAUCUACAUCACCUCAAGUAAAAAAAUCUGAUGGGGUAAAAUUAUUUGAUAAAAAAAUUCUUGAUUAUGAUUAUGGUGAUGAUGAAGAAGAAAUGCUUAAUCAAUCUCCUGAGUUUCAACAACAUCAGAAUCAAAAUACUGCCAUCGAAGGACUUGACAGCCUAUUGAGUAACCCAGAAGUUCUGCGCACAUUGCGCAAUGUCGAAGGGCUAAUGUCCACACAGUCUAAACAGCUGGCAGAGUUGGACAAGAUUAAAGAAAUGAGAAAAGAAGCGGAGUUCGACAAGCAUCUUGCUCAGACUGUUCAGAAUCUACCAUUUGCUUCAGAAUGUGAAUUAAAACCAGCUCCUAUGGUUUCCCAAACUGUUAAUAUGUCAAAUCCUUAUGCUAAUCAGUUGUAUAAUACACAAAAUAUGUACCAACAGCAACAACCUUUAAUGACAUUAGAAGCUCACCAUAAACCUUUAUCCCAAAUAAUCUCUUAUGAUGAUCCAAAUCAGUCUAAACCAGAAGUGAUUGAUUUAGAUCACAUAGCAUCACCUCCUCAUAAUAAACGAGAUUCAAGACGAGAUGGUUAUUCAUCAAGUUCAUCUCGAAAAAGAUCUCCAAGGAAAAGUAGUCGUGAACGUCAACGUGAACGAGAAAAAGAUCGCGAAAGAGAUAGGGAGAGAAGAAAGAAAUAUUUACCUCCAUUCAAAAAGAAUCAUUUAGCUGUUGUGAGCACUACUCUUUGGGUCGGUCAUCUAUCGAAACUCAUUCACCAAGAUGAUUUAUAUGGAUUAUUUCAACCAAUUGGUGAUAUUGUUUCAUUAAAUUUAAUAUCUCCUAGAGGGUGUGCCUUUUUGUGUAUGAAUCGAAGGCAAGAUGCUGCUCGUAUAAUGAGUAAAUAUCAAGGGGAAAGAUUACAAGGAAAACCCAUGACGAUUGCUUGGGCUCCUGGUCAAGCAAUGAAAGACAAAGAAUGGAAAGAUUAUUGGGAAAUUGAUGAUGGUGUUUCAUACAUACCAUGGGAAAAAUUAAACAAAGAAAUAGAUUAUGAUGAAUUGGAAAUUGGAGGGAUGUUAGAUGAAGAUACAAUGCCUGAAUGGUUAAAAACUCAUUUAAAAAUGUUGCGUACUUCUAAGAAAAAUGAAAAAAAAGAAGAAGAAAAGUUAACUGAAGGAAAUCAACAACCAUUAACUGCAUCUAAUUUUUUUGAUACACAAGGUGUGCAGUCACCUAGUGUUCAAAUGCAAAUGUCUCCAGCACAGAACAGUCAGCCUAAUCAAAUUAAUUUCAAUUUGCCACAGACAAUGAGUAUGCCUAAUCCAUUUGGAAUCAACCCUAGACUAAUUAAUCCAAUGAUGAACCCAAUAAUGCCGGGCACCAUGGCACCUAUGAGUAUGGGUCAUCCUUCUAUGAUGAUGAUGAAUAGAAUGCCAUCACCCUUUGGACCUCCACCAAAUAUGGCUAUGAUGGGAAAUCCACAACAAAUGACAAUAACUAGUGAUGCACCAAAAUCACUAGGUGUUCCCACCGAUAUGAUGAUGUCUUUUCCUUUCGGAAUAAAUUUACCAUCACAAGCUACUGCAAUUUCUUCUGCUCAAACAAUGAUGGGAAUGAAUCCAUCUACUGUAACAUCUGGAACAAGUACUGCGCCUACUUUAUCACAUACAAAUCAAAAGGAUAAUCUCAUUGCAACAAAUCCUCCAAAUCAAUUAGAUCCAUCAACUAUUAUGCAAUUUAAUUUACCUCCUCCUCCAACACUUCCAAAUCUGUCUAAUUUUUCACAAAAUACUAAUAGUUCUAAUUUAGGAAAUGAAAAGUAUGAUCCUAAUACAUUAGGGAACUCUGAUCAGGAAGAGUCCAAAGACACUGAUAGAAAUAAUGAUAGAGAGGACCGAAAUCGUGGACGGGAUAAUAGAAAUCGUAGUCGUGACAGCAGAGAAAGAAUUGAUAGAUUCAAAGAUCGUGAAAAUAAAAAUGAUCGUGGUCAAAGAGAUGAUUUGUCCCAAAGACUAGAUCCAAGAAAUCGUCUCAAAGGACCUGAACAAAGGGAAAGGAAGUCAUCACGCUGGGGAGAUAAGGUUAGUGAAGAAGUAAACAGUCAGAAUAAUGUUGGUCGUCUGUCUGUAAAGGAAGGAUUGAGUAUGGCACAGGCUCCUAAUUUAGCACAAAUUGAUAAUGUAAAAGAUAUUUUAAUUCAAAAUAAUUCUCUGCACCAAAUUCUUGAACAUGUAAUUCAAGAUAACAUGGGUAAUCCACCAUUUAAAUCUCCUGGUAUGUUUGGGCCAAAUGGACCACUUCCAAACCAAAUGUUCAAUAUGCCACCUCAAAGUUUUCAGCAAGGAUUAGGACCAGAUGGUCCAAGACCACCUUUGUUGGACAAUGGAAAUCUGAGAGGAAGAGGAGGAUGGAAUCGUGGAGGCCGUGGAGGUUUUAGAGGACGUAGUGGAUACAACAAUGGACCGAACUGGGAUAAUAAUAAUGUUCCUAAUUGGGAUAAUAGCAGUGGACCUAAUUGGGAUAGUAAUGCUCCUCCUCCAAUUUGGCAAAAUCAAAGUAUAAAUAGAGGAGGAAUGAUGGGAAGAGGUAAUUUGAGACCACCAUUAAUGCAAAAUGCAAUGGGUCGUGGCCGAGAUAAUUGGAUGGACAAUAAUUCAUCUGUUGGCAGAGGUGGUCGUGAUUCAGAUAAUUGGGGUAAUCGUGGUGGUGGAAGAGAUAUAGAUAAAUGGGGAGGUCGUGGUGGUAACCGCGAUUCUGAUGGAUGGGGUGGUCGUGGUUCUAGACUUUCGCCAUGGAGAGGUAAUGGAAAUCGACGACGGAAUGAUGACUGGGAAAAUCCUAAUCAAAAACGUUGGAGACGUGAAGAAAACUCUGAAUAUGAUGAACAACAAAAAAUAUGGAAACGUGGAGCAGUGAAUGAUGAAGAAGAAUGGCAAAAUAAUAAACAGGGAUCACUGUGGUCAGCUGGCAAGAAAGAUGAAGGAAAUUAUUCGAAAUUCAAACCUCGCGAGAAUAAUGAAGACCGCCCUAGAAAGCCAAGUAAAUGGGGUGAUAGAGAUUCUGAUGAUAUUGUAAAAGAAGACCGAUGGAACAGAAAAUCUAUAUCUAAAGAUGAAUCUACCAUAGACGAAGGUCCACAUCAAACAAGUGCUCCAAUGGACCUGGAUAACUAUGAAGGUGAUUCUGUAGAUAAUAUAGAACAAUUACAUGGAGACAAAGAACAAGAAAAUUCAUGCCAAAACCAAGAUACUAGACAGCAUGAUGAAUUUGAAAAAGAAGAGGAACAAAAAAUAGAACCUCAUUAUGAAUCUGGUAGUUUUAGUGAUGUGGUGUUAAUACAUGAUCAAGAAAGUGUUCAACAAAAUGUUGAUGAAAAAAAUAAUGUAGAACAAAUAGAACAUCAAGAUUAUCAAGAUGGUUUCAGUAAUAAUUUGGAACAAUUACCUCCACACAAUAAUAUGGAAGAAAUGCAACAGAAUUCAGAAAGUCAACUCCAAAAUGUGCAAGAUAAUGACUAUCAAAAAAAUACUCUUGAUAUUGAUUCUAAACAUGAUUAUGAUCAAAUGAGCCAAAAUUAUAGAGAACAAAAUCAACAAUUUGAAACUGAAUGUAAUAAUACAACAUAUAAUAUUAAAUGUCAAAAUUAUAACCAACCAUAUGAUGAAGAAUCAUCGCAAAAUUUAAAUCGUCAAGAACAAUCAGUUGACAAUUUUGUGUCACAAACUAGUAAUGAAACUGAUGAAAGAAAGUACAUAGAAGAAAAAUCUCUAAAUAACCUUUAUUUUAAUACAGAUAAUAAGUUGCCUUUAAAUGAACCUUUUGAGAUGGAACAACAAAACAAUGACAAUCUUCCUUCUGAAGAAAUAGGAAUUGCUUCAGCAGAUGGUAAUGAAGUGUCAGAAAUUAAUACAGUAGAAUCUAAUCAAAAUUAAACCACAUUGUACCUUUUUA